AGUCUGGUCUUGGCCAGUGAAGAGUGAACGUCAGCUUAUCGCUCCCGUUCACCACGGUCAGUGCCAGGCCUAUAUUUUGGGCUAAUCCAAGUGAUCUCUAGAUACACCCCCGUGGAUAUAGUGUCGUGGAGAUAUAGUGUAUGGUGUUAUAAUUUCCUCCUUGGCGACACCUUCCUCCUUCACCAUGGGCACUACCUAUAUGGUGUGGGCGAUCCUCCUCGCUCUAACACUGCACAAAGCUGUGUGUGAUGAGAGCGGACCCGUCAUCGUAGAAGAACCAGACAACCGCGUGGACUUCAGCAACUCAACCGGCGCCAACAUUCACUGCUCUGUUCGAGGACGACCCGCCCCCUCCGUCGUUUGGGUUCGCGCUGACAAUGGCUCCGCUAUCGGUGUUGUUCCUGGCCUUAGGAUGGUUCUCUCCAACGGCACCCUGAUCUUCCCCCCCUUCCGCGCCGAGGACUACCGCCAGGAAGUGCACGCCCAGGUCUACCGCUGCCAGGCCUCCAACUCCCACGGCACCGUUCACUCCCGCGACGUCCACGUGAGGGCAGUGGUGUCCCAGUUCUACCAGACGGAGGUGAACAACGAGCACGUCAUCAGGGGUAACUCGGCCAUCAUUAAGUGCGUGAUUCCGUCCUUCGUGGCCGACUUUGUCUCGGUGGCGUCCUGGGUCACGGACGACGGGCAGACCUUCGUGCCGGAACACAAGGACUAUGACGGCAAGUACCUGGUCCUUCCCUCCGGCGAACUCCACAUCCGCUCCGUCAGCUCCGAGGACGGCUUCAAGAGCUACAAAUGCCGCACCGUGCACCGCCUCACCCAGGAAACCCGCCUCUCCGCCACCGCCGGACGUCUUGUGAUCUCCGAUCCCGUGGGAUUCUCCGCCCCAAAAUUCACGUGGGAGGAGCGCAUCAAUACUGUCCUGACGGUGGUGAAACCCAGCGGCGUUAGUGUUUCCGUCUUCUGCGAGGCCCAGGGCUUCCCCGUGCCUGAAACCCGGUGGUUCAAGGUCCCCGAAGGAGGACGCAAGGCAGCUGUGGAACUCGGCGAACGCGUGAAGCAAGUGGGUGGAACCCUCAUCAUCCGUGAAGCCAAAGUGGAGGACUCUGGCAAAUACCUGUGCGUCGUCAACAACUCUGUUGGAGGCGAGAGCGUCGAGACUGUGCUCACUGUCACUGCUCCCCUAAGUGCCCAAGUUGAACCCAAGGUCCAGACCGUUGAAUUUGGACGCCCAGCAACCUUUACCUGCACAUACCGAGGCAACCCUGUUAAGUCUGUCACUUGGCUCAAGGAUGGAAUUCCACUUAACCACAAGGAAGCUGUUCUUCGCAUUGACACCGUUGGUCGUGAGGACAAAGGAAUGUACCAGUGCUUUGUUAGGAAUGACCAGGAAUCAGCACAAGGAACUGCCGAACUCAAACUUGGAGGACGUUUUGAGCCACCACAGCUGAUCUACACCUUCCAGACCAACACUCUCCAACCUGGACCAGCAGUAUUCCUUAAGUGUGUCGCAGCUGGCAAUCCUACCCCUGAGAUCACCUGGGAACUCGAUGGAACUCGCCUCGCUAACUCAGAACGUAUGCAAGUUGGACAGUAUGUUACCGUGAAUGGCGAAGUUGUCUCCCACUUGAACAUCUCUGCAGUUCACACAAAUGAUGGAGGCCUCUAUGCUUGUGUUGCUUCCUCCACUGUUGGCUCUGUCCGUCAUGCUGCCAGGCUUAACGUCUAUGGACUGCCCUACAUCAGGCCUAUGGACAAGGCUGCAGUUGUUGCUGGAGAAAACAUGGUUGUACACUGCCCCGUUGCUGGAUAUCCCAUUGACUCUAUUGUUUGGGAAAAGAAUGGCCGCAUGCUGCCCAUCAACCGCCGCCAGAAGACAUUCCCCAACGGCACCCUCAUUGUUGAAGCUGUCCAACGCUCCACUGACCAAGGAAGAUACACCUGUGUUGCCCGUAACAGCCAGGCUUACACUGCCCGUGGAGAUCUUGAUGUACAGGUCAUGGAACCCCCUCAGAUCCACCCAUUAGUGGUUGCUGGCAUACCUGUAAUAGGGAAGGAGCUUUUGAUCCCCUGCUACGUUGUGGGUGGAGAUUCUCCUCUUGACAUGGUAUGGCAAAAGGAUGGCCAGCCCAUCUCACCUGCGAGAUUGGACUCCAAUCCACCCGAUCCCUGGCACUCGCCUGGGGAUCGCCAGGAACGUAGCCAAACUCUUGAGGAGUCUUGUGAACUGCUCACUAGUGCUCAUAAUGAGUCUGAGCUUGGUGGUGGUGAUGAACUGAAUAUGUUCAGUACAAACAUUGGCAUGGACCCUCGCUUGGCAGUGCACCAACGGGGUGAUCGGUACUUAGUGCUGAGAUUCAGUGCACUUUGCCCACAUCACUCUGGGAACUAUACUUGUGAGGCUUCCAACAUGGCGGGCACUGUUGGCUACACAGUCCCAUUGGAUGUUUUGGUACCACCACGCUGGAUUGUGGAACCUGCAGACAAGGCCUUUGCUCUUGGCAGUGAUGCUAGGCUAGAAUGCAAAGCAGAUGGUUUCCCACGACCCUCUCUCGGAUGGAAGAAGGCUGCAGGACAUACCCCUGGUGACUAUCGUGAUCUUGAUGUAAACAACCCCAAUAUUAAGGUUACUGGUGAUGGAACUCUCCAUAUCAGCAGUAUUCAGAAAUCUCAUGAAGGAUAUUACUUGUGUGAAGCUAACAAUGGCAUUGGUGCUGGACUGUCUACUGUUAUCUACGUUAGGGUGCAAGCUCCCCCACAGUUCAAGAUUCAGUACCGCAAUCAGACAGCACGCCAUGGAGAUGAUGCUGUCUUGGAAUGUGAGGCCGGAGGAGAAACCCCCAUUGGCAUCCUCUGGAGCAAGGACAAGCACAGUGUUGACCAAGCAGCUGAACCAAGGUACACAAUCCGUGAAGAAAUGCGUGGUGGCAGUGUUCACAGCAGUCUUAGCAUCAAGACAACUGAUCGCACUGACUCUGCUGUCUAUACCUGUGUGGCUACCAAUGCUUUUGGAAGUGCAGAUACCAAUAUUAACCUCAUCAUUCAAGAACACCCAGAACAACCCAGCAGCCUUAAGGUUCUCGAUAAGAGUGGCCGAUCAGUGGAACUGUCUUGGACCUCUCCCUAUGAUGGAAACUCCCCUAUCACCCGAUACAUUGUGGAAUAUAAGCUUAGCCGACGUAACUGGGAAAAUGAUGGUGAACGCAUGAUGGUGCCUGGAAACCAGAACAUGGCAGCUGUCUUGGAUCUUCGCCCAGCAACUACCUAUCACCUCCGUAUUGUUGCAAGGAAUGAGAUUGGUGAUUCUGACCCAUCAGACAUUGUGACCAUCAUCACUGCCGAGGAAGCACCAAGUGGCUCACCACGUGACCUCAAAGUUGAAGCUGUUGACCAGACCUCCCUCCGUGUUAAGUGGAAGCCACCUCUUAGGGAAGAAUGGAAUGGAGACAUCCAGGGCUACCAAGUAGGCUACCGUCUCGCAUCAUCUAAUACCUCUUAUGUCUAUGAAACUGUGGAAUUCAGCAAGGAAGUGGGCAAAGAACAUCAACUGACUAUCAAGAAGCUGCAAGUGUACACUGAAUACGCUGUUGUGGUCUCUGCUUUCAACAAGAUUGGACAAGGACCCACAACUGAGGAAAUCCGCUCCUACACAGCUGAAGGAACCCCCCAACAACCCCCUCAUGAUGUCACCUGCACAACUCUGACUUCUCAGACCAUCCGCGUGUCUUGGGCCUCACCUCCACUUGAGACUGUACAGGGAGUGAUCAAGGGAUACAAAGUAAUCUAUGGACCAUCUGACAAGUGGUAUGAUGAAGAGAGAAAGGACACAAAAAUUACUAGUUCCACUGAGACUCACCUCCAUGGACUUCAGAAGUACACUAACUACAGUCUCCAGGUUUUGGCUUUCACAUCAGGUGGUGAAGGAGUACGAUCACAGCCUAUUCACUGUCAGACUGAUCAGGAUGUCCCUGAUGCCCCCACAUCUGUCAAGGCUCUGGUUAUGUCAGCUGACUCCAUCCUGGUAUCUUGGCUACCCCCAGACCGUCCUAAUGGUAUCAUUACUCAGUAUACUGUAUACUUCAAGGAAGAGGGAAAGAGUGACAGUGAGGCAGAGCAGGAGAAACUUCUAUCAUCUCAACUGAACUACGAAGCAAAUGGACUUAAACAGCGGGAUGAAUAUGUCUUUUGGGUGACAGCCUCUACAACCAUUGGAGAAGGAGAGAAGUCUGAAUCUGUCCAUCUGAAGCUCUCAAGCAAAGUCCCUGCCAAGAUUGCAUCCUUUGAUGAUGAGUAUGUUGCCACAUACAAGGAAGAUGUCAAGCUCCACUGCCAGGCUGUAGGUCUCCCCACCCCUGAUAUCAGGUGGACAAUCCGUGGUGAACCAUUUACCCCCAAUGAUCGUAUGCGUCUUUUGACUGAGGGUUCCCUACUGAUUCGUGAAGUGUCUCGUGAUGAUGCUGGAGAGUACACCUGCCAUGUUGAGAAUCCCUAUGGACAAGACACAGUCACACACACACUCCUCAUUCAAGCCCCACCUCACCCACCUGAGAUUCAACUCCAGUCAACCACCACCAAUAGCAUUGAGGUUAAGCUGAAACCUUCUGUUAUUGAUGACACCACUCCCAUUCAUGGUUACACUGUCUACUACAAGCCUGAGUUUAGUACCUGGGAGAGUGUGCAGGUUCCUGCUUCCACAAGGUCAUACAAUUUGGAAGGCUUGUGGUGUGGUUCUCGUUACCAGAUUUAUGCUUCGGCUUACAACAAGAUUGGCACUGGUGAAUCUUCUGAGAUCUUGAACACGCGCACAAAGGGCAAGAAGCCUGAGAUUCCUGAAGUUCAUCGUUUUGUAGAAGUUUCCUCUGUCUCUAUCAAUCUCCACCUUAAAGCCUGGCAAGAUGGUGGUUGCCCCAUGAAUUACUUUGUGGUUGAAUACAAGCCAAGGCACCAGACUGAAUGGAUAAUGGCAGACAACCAAGUGAGCCCAACAGGAAACUAUGGUAUCAUGGAACUGACCCCUGCUACCUGGUAUAAUCUUCGUAUCUCUGCUCAUAAUAAUGCUGGAUCUUCAGUUGCUGAAUAUGAAGUUGCUACAUUGACUCUUACUGGAGCCACGCUGCCGCCAACUGUUUCGGACAGCCGAGUAACCUGGCUUCCUGAUUGGUGGCCGAAGUGGCUGGAUCUGAAUGUCCUGGUCCCAGUUAUUGCCACUAUCGUCGUCAUCAUUGUGGGCAUUGUUGUCAUCUGUGUUGCAGUAACUCGUCGCAAGAACGGCAUUGAGAACUUGAGACUGCGAGAGGAAGUGUACCAGCAGUACCAAUACAAUGCAAGCAUGCCCCCACCAUCCACCAUGGACAAACGCCACCCAGGAUUCCGAGAAGAACUUGGCUACAUUCCACCACCCAACCGCAAGCUUCCACCUGUCCCUGGAUCCCAGUAUAACACCUGUGACCGCAUCAAGCGAGGUGGGGGGUCGGGUCGCGGCACACAUGCCACCUGGGACCCAAGACGACCCAUGUACGAGGAACUCUCCCUCCAUCCCCCCCCCGGACGACGUAUCCCCCUUGGAGGGCCCCCACAACCCCUUGGCUCUCAGGACACUCUCAGAUCAGGUGGCGAUGACGAGAUCUGCCCUUAUGCUACCUUCCACCUUCUGGGCUUCCGUGAGGAAAUGGACCCCCAACAAGCUGGCAACAACUUCCAGACUUUCCCCCACCAGAACGGCCAUGGCUCACAGCAACACUUCGUCAACUCCCCUGCCUCAAGGAGCAUGCCACGUCAUGGGUCUGGAAACUACUACAGCUGCGUUUCUGGCGACUAUACUUGUGGCCAUACCCCGAACGAAGGCCACCAGCCUCGUCAUGGGUCCGGCAACUACUACUCGUGCGUGGCCGGAGAAUAUGGCCCUGGCGGUCCUCCAAGCAGCACCUACUACUCUACUGUUCCUGGCGAUAUGACUGCUUCCCGCAUGAGCAACUCAACUUUCUCUCCAACCUACGAUGACCCUGCCCGCUCUGAUGAAGAGAGUGACCAAUACGGUGGAUCUACUUAUUCUGGUGGUGGACCCUAUGCUCGAGCCAUUGACUCUGUGUCACAGUCUGGCACUGCUAAACGCCUUAAUGGUGCUCACCCCCCUGGAGCUCCUGUGUCUGGGCCUCAACCCAGCAACCAUAGAUUUAUAUCUAACCGUGGAAGCACUUCUGGAAGCGCUGGACAAGGAUCCCCUGAGCCCCCCCCUCCUCCACCUCCCCGCAACGGAGACCUCCCCCUUGAUUCCUCUGGCCUCGGUUCAUCUCUGAACGACUCAAACAACUCCACAGCAUCUAAUCAGUUCUCAGAGGCUGAGUGUGAUCAUGAUCUUGUGCAGCGUAAUUAUGGAGUGAAGGCUACCAAGAGCACAGAGGAGAUGCGCAAGCUCCUGGACAAAAAUGAAGCAGCUGCCCACAUUCAAAAUGGAGGCCUAAGGAUGGUGAGCGACGAGAUGAAUGUGUGAGGUCCUCCAGACCCCACUGCAGGACCUCCCAAACCCCGUGCCAUACGAGGCAGCCUGAUUACCGCCCCCAUGUCACUGCACGCUGAUUAUUGAUUCUGAACACCCAAGCUGAACACUGAGACAAGAUCUGCUACUAGAUAUGAUAUGAUUAUAUAUAUAUGUAUAGACCCUCACCCCUAGACGCAUUACUGAAAUGAGCACAGAGGACAUUAAUAGCGGAGGCCAUAUACUACAAGGAAGAAGGUAGUAUUUGUGAUAAAAUGUAUAGAAUAUCAGAGGAAAUUGUGCAUCAUUUAUAUCUUAGCUCUCUAAUUUAAAAUAGUUCCAGAUACCUCAUUAAAUACAUGUAUACUCCAAGCACUGUAAUAAAUGGUAAAUCAGCAGCAGUUGUUCUCUUGUGUUGAAGAUCGAAUAUCUGAUUCUGUGUUCAUAGGGGUGACCCACGUCUUCUUAAUUGUUACUGCGUCACAGUCCCCCCCCGCUCAUGAGAAUUAUUAACCUGCUGUGAACUCCAUUGUUGUACUCCCUCGUUACCACCGCGAGCUGAUUGACGUUUUUUGCUUUGAGUGUUUCUUGCAGUGUCGUGUAUCACGUAACAGUAGCAGUAUUCUUUUUCUGCCCUGUGCUCAGUUUGAAAUGUGAAUAUGAAAGCAAAUGCUUCUGUUGCAGUGUAAUUUGCACCGGUAAUUUGAGGGCCACACCGUCAGUGAAUUCUUAACCAUAGCAGUGAACAGAAUGUCUUCAUUGGCCAUUGGACCAUAUGUGCUGUGUGAUAGUGUGAGAUGAACUAAGGAUUGCUGUGUGAGUCAUCCGUGACGGUGCUAUGUGGGAGUGACUCUCGACUUGUUUGGUGUUCUACAUACUUUUGUGAUACAACCAAGGUCUAGUCAGGAGCGGGGGAUCAACCUGUCAGUGUUUGCCAGAACCUUUGUGACGCAGAUGUAAUCAUUACGCUCAGUUUUACCAUUUUUUCCAAUCUACCAGCAGUAGUCCAUUAAUGAGACUGACAGGGAGAAUGGCAAAGGAUGGAUAUGAAAUGACAUUGUGAUGACGUGAGGUUAUUUGAAUGCAACCUUUUUGAGUUAAAAAAAAGUAUCUUGCUUGCAGUAGAGAUAAACCUAUUGAGGUAUAUAUAAAAAGUGACAUAAUUGUUUCAAUGGCAUCUCUAUUAGUGCACUUUCAGAAAGCUAUCUCCCUGUCAACUCUUUUGCCGCAGCGUUCCUAGGUGUUGCUUAAUUUCAGCAGCUUGCAAGACAAUAUAUGACUUGACCAACAAUUUUGAGUCUUAAUGUGGCAGAUCUUGUACUGAUGGAGAAAGAAACAUUUAUCAGCAUUUAAAACUCAAGACAAAAUUGGUGGGAAAGUCACAUUAUCCAAAUAUCCAAUGUAUUGUAAGGCAUCUCGCUAGGUCAUAUUUUAUUUGUAUAUUGAAUUCAUUUAUCUUAGGAACAAUUGACAAAUUCUCAUUGUCAAGUAAUCAGUUUCUACUUAAAGAUAUUUCCAUUGUAAACAUUUCUUAUGACUCUAAGACAAAAUGUUGAUGUGUAAGUAUGUGUGCAUUGCUUCUUUAUAGUGUUAGAAUUGUGUGAAAGUGAAUAUAUAAUGAUAGAUUUUAAGUCAGUGCAAAGUCAUACUCCUAUAUCAUUAUUGGCAGAUUUCUCCUGUAUCUGACAAUAGCCAUUAUAUAUCUUCUGGUAAUGUUUUGGUGGUUAUUCAUUGAGUCGAUCAAAGUGGACAUGCAGAAAAGCUUGAAGUUGCAAGAGUGUUGAUGGGUGAUAGAGCCUCUGAUGAUUGAGGAGAGGAAGCGCACUUCAUCCUUUCCAGUAAAUGAAAGAUAGAAAAAAGGCAAUUAACACUCUGCACUUACUUCAUUGUCCACUUUCAACCAGAAGAUCAGUGAAGGCUCCAGAAUAUGCCAACAUGUCACAUAAGCUCAAGUGUUGACCAUGUAGUCCCCAGUAAAUGUUGCCAGUAUAAUCUUUGCCUGUCCUCAACUAAGCAGACUUUACAUUAUUGAUUUGCAUUUCAUUAGUAAUGAUAAUAUCAAGGUGUAAUACCACCAGAACUAGAGAGGUCAUGCUUUCUAUCUAUGCAUAUGUACUAUUAAAAAUAAAAAAAGAUCAGAAGAGAAAAUUCCCCAAAAGUAUAUAAUGCUCAAACUCUUGAGUAGAUAAACGAAUGCUUUUUUCUACUGCUUUUAGGUAGGAUUAAUCCAUGUUGAAAACUCAGUAUUAGGCAAUAUAGGCAUACAUGCAAGACAUUCAAAGCACCUUUCUUGGAUUUUAAUUCCAUCAAUGACAAUUUUUGUAUGUAUGUUAAGUAUUGUCUAUCUGUUAUUAAUUUCUUUGUACCAUUUCUAUACAUAUAGGAUAUGUGUGAUUAAGCUUCAUAGUAGACAGUGCUUGUUGUUACUCAACCAGGGAGGACGGGUGCUAAUGGGAGGGGGACACAGCAGAAGCUCCUAAAUGACAAUACCAGGAGAGUGAGUCUUCAGUUUUUUUAUGAUGAAGAAAUUAGCUGACACAAAGAGAAUCUGUGAUAAACUCUUUUGUGUUGUGAUAAGGAAGUGAGGCCAAUUUUUGUCAUGUACUUUAUUUUUCUGAGUCAUUAUUAGUGGAAGCUAUUAAAUUGUAAAGGAAUAUAGUUUUCAGAUCUGUGUGUAUGCGUAACUGAUAUCCACAGACUGACUCAAGUAUAAUGAAAAGCCCAUGUAAGAUCAGGAUCACUGUUCUUGUUCCAUGACUAUAUCUGACAAUUUUUUAGGGGGAUAAACUUGUCCAGAUAAGUAUGGAGCAUCACUGAAAAAAGUUUCAGUGAUUCUGAUCUUCUUGUCUUGACGUUCUUCUCAACAGGAAAAUAAAGCAAGUUCUUAUGUACUAAACGUCAUGUGGACAAAAAUUUAGUCUAGUGUAUGGUUUACAUAUAAUUAUUGUUGAAACUUCCAAGAUGAGUAUUCUACCUGUAGAGAAAGAAAUGCACAAUUUUUUAUUUUUUUUUAUAUAUAUUUAACAUGCUAGAAGUGAAAAGCAAAAUUGGCUCAUAUAUGAGAUGUCCCCCUACCCAGUAGUUUUGUCUCUCUCUGUAGAUUAGAAUUACACAGCCAUUGUUUCCUUUUAUAGUAAUGUCAAUGUAACCACGCAUUAAAGGUUAUUGAUACUUAAACACUGGGAUUGCUAGAUGUUUAAUUAUACUGUAGCGGGUAGGAGAACUUCAAGUAUUACCACUGCAUGAAUUGUACCACAUUGACAUUAUAUAACCAAGUUAUCAUGGUAAACAUCACUGUUGAACAUUUGGAAAGCGGCAUGAAAUUAACUAAUGAAGUGAUGAAGUGUCUUCAUCAGUUAAUCAAUGUAUGCUGAUUACCAGUUUAACAAGAAGACAAGUUGUAAUCAUAGCACUUUGUUCUCAAAGGCUAACUUAUCCUGUGUUUUAAAUAGGGAAUUUAGCUUUGUGACAAAAUAUGAUGCAAAUUUAGUCUGCAAGUUGUUUACUGUUGACACUCCGGUAUAAACAUUAUAAACAUUUAAACAUUCUCUGUGUACUCUGAAAGCUGUGUUGCUUGAUUCUGUUAGAAGUUGCAUAUGCUUAGAACUAGUACUGAAUAUCUGAUACCUCACAUCAGACAUGUGAAUAGAAACAGCAGAUAUGUUUCCAUAUUCCUGUUCUUCUAAGAAUAUGAAUUAUAACAUAUUUAUAAAUGAUACUUAUUUAUAAAUAUUUCACCAUCAAGAUCCACUGACACAAAAGGGAUGCAAUGGCUUUGGAUAUAACAGUGCUAAGUUCUGAACAUUUGAAAUUUCUGUCUGUUUCUCGUAUACUUUUGUGAAAUUGUGUUAGCCUGUGUUACCAUGGGCUUUAAAUAUAUAAAUCUGCCUAAAGGAAGACAAUUUGUGCGAGAAUCAGAUAAAAGAUGAAUUUAUAUCAGCUUAGAAAAAAAAAAUUGUAUAGUGAUCUUGUGCAUGCAAGUUCUACCAUAUGAGGAGGGUGCUUGUUGUAAGGAACUUUCUCCACAUCACAAAACCAGGGGAUUGCACUCCCUGAAGUUAGGAAUUUUGACAGCACAACAAUUUACCAGGAGUUGUGGAGUUAUAGGUUAUGUUUUGCCCUUAUUGCUGUAAGGGACCAUAUACUUGCCCAGUUAUUUAUGUCAUCCCAAUUGUGAAGGCAUAGAAGUGAUAUCGUAAGAUACAGAUGAAUGUUUCAGUGGUAGUUCAUACUUGUCAGGCUUGUGGAGUAUUCAUGGAAUAGUGUUUUGAUUUGACCUAAGGAUGAGCAAAUUACCUCUGCAAUGAACAAGAUGUGAACUCCAGGAACUGAAUUUAAUGUCUCAUGUAACUAUAAAGGAUGGAUGCUUAUGGUAAUUUUCAAAGCUAGGUUUGCUUAUGUUGUUAUUUGGUGACUGUAGAGUGUUUAAGAAAAGUAAUGCUAAGCAACUCUUCCUGAGGGCAGAUUACAAGUGUUAUAAGACAGUUCUGGUUAUUUUUCACUUUUUUGCAAGCAGUAGAUGCUCAGGACUCACAGUAUUUUGUUGUCAUAAUUCUGUUAAAUAGUAAAUUGCCCAAUUUGGGGGUAAUGUGUCAGGCAACCAGAACCUCUCAUCUCACUUGUAAUUUGUGUUGCGACAAGGGACUUUGCGCCUUACUGAUUGAAGGUCAAUGUCGCUCGUCACUUCACAUUUUCUACCAAAUAUAGUGUAAACAAUUAUGUAUCAUGAAAUAAACCAUGAGAAAUA